AUGGCGAUGAUGAUGACUGGCCGUGUGCUGCUGGUGUGUGCCCUCUGCGUGCUGUGGUGCGGUGCUGCAAUGGUGGUGGUGGCGGAGGUGGUUAACUCUUCUUCUGAACCUGCAGUUGAAAAAUCCAUAAUUGCACCUGACCCCCAAAAGGGGAAUGAUUUGCGAGAAAUUACUGAUGUUGAAGGCCCAAAACCUUUAGAGGAUGAUGGUAUUCGUGAUUCAGCGACUUUGCCGGAGAGAGAGACCUGCAAGAAUGAUUUAACAAAGUCGCCAAUGUGCAAUAAGGGUUCUGAAGUUGUAAUUGAUUCUCCUUCCGUUCUUGUCGGCCCAAACGAACACCAUGAAGCUCAAGACCGCGGGAGUCCUGCUCCCUCAGAAGUGGAUAAGACUCGGGAAAAAAAGGAAGUACAGGAAAGGCCUCAGGAUGUAGAAACAUUACCGCCAGAUCCAGCAACAGUAAAAGAACCCAAAAUUACGAUGCCAGCAGAACAUUCAUCCUCACCCUCACCACCAAAUGCAACCGUGACGGCGAGUUCAGCAGAGAUCCCUGGUGGAGGCGGUGGCACAGUGCAAAGAGAUAAUAUGCCGAAUACGUCAAAUGAUAACGAUGGCAGCAAAAGUCGAACUGCACAGCCUGACUCCGCCAGUGGUAACACUCCGGUCUCUGCUGAUGAGGACACCUCUUCAAAUGGCGGCGCACCGCAGGUCAAUACUGCUGCCGACACUGACAGCGCAGGAUCCACAACAGCACUCAGCACUACCAACACAAAAAAGGAGAAUAAUGGCGACAGUGGUGGCAGCAGCCUUGCAGCUUCACCAGCUGUAUGGAACAACACUGACACGACCACCACGACAACCACUCAUGAUGCGAGUAAAUACAAAAAGGACGGCGUCAAGCUACCCACCGAAGACUUGGAGCAGAAUGCUUCCAAAACCAACCCUGAUGCCGAUUCAGGCACAACCGAAACCGCAGCAGCCAACAGUGAAGUGCCCACGGCAGCAAACAACGCCACCAAUAUAACAAGCAAUACAGAGACCACAGCAGACAGUGACAGCAGCACCGCGGUCUCCCACACCACCUCCCCUCUUUUGCUUCUUCUUGUUGUUGCGUGUGCGGCUGCUGCGGUGGUGGCCGCGUGA